AUGUAUAACGUUGUUGCAGGCAAGUUGUUGCGGACAACACUCCGAAUAUGCCCAAGGCCAUCUUCAUACCUGGACGUCAGGCAACGUAUCGCUGCUGCUCAGGUCAUCCGAAGCCUGCAGACGACGGACAACUACAUCAUUGUUGUCGAGUCCUACUCUUGGAGUUCAAGGGCUCCUCUUUCGAUUGUGGGUAUGCUUCGGUGGGGAUCUGCUGGCGCCUAUGGAGUCGUUACGAUGCCCUUCAGUGUCCGCGAAGGCAUCAACGUUUUUCUCGAUGGCUUCAUCCCCACGGACACGCAAACAGCGCUUCAUAGAAUCGUGCACAUGUCUGCAUGGCUCGAGUGCACGUGGGUCUCCUUGACCUUCAAAGUCAGCGAAGACCUGGACCCCUCGAAACUGGAUCGCAUGCACAACACGGAGUGCCUUGCAUUCGUUGACUUCAGUGAGCUUCAGUUGCUGGCAUCUUUGGAACAUGAUGAACAUGUCCUGGGAGGUAUCCAGACAUGUCCAAGCUGA